AUGGACUUUCAAGCACUGAGGGCAAAGUUUCAGGAAGAAGACCUCCUCCUGAAGCAGCCUAAGCUCAAACCCACUCUCCCAGAGAAACCAAAGGUCGCCUCCCCUCCCAACAGCCCCACUCACUACCUGCCUGCAGGGGCCCGCCCCUCCCUGCUCACCUCUAUCAACAACUCGCACAAGGCCCCCAGAGUGGUGUUCAAGGACGAGAAGAAGGAGAGCAAGAAGCCUCUGAUCCAGAACAACUCCAAGGGGAAGGAGAAGAGCGAGGGGAAGCUGAAGAAAGGAAAAGAGAGCAGGGAGAAGCUGGAUGAGGACAUGUCUGAAAAGAAGCAGAAGAAAGAGAAAAGGAUCUCAUCUGUGUUUUCUAUUACUCCAAAGGAAAACACCACAGAGCUGGUGCCAGCUACGCCGCCACCCAAAAUCACAACACUGAAGAAGAAGGGCUUUCUGGGAUUCAGGAAGUCAUUAAAGAGUGAUUCAGGGGAGGACCCGUCAGGCGGCAUUCUGGACGCCCCCAGCCCGAGCGUCUCUGGAUCUGUUCCCCUCAUCCCAGUACCGUCUGACUUUGGAGACUCACCGACUGAGCCUGCGAUCAGCUUCCCGAAGGCUGUCCUCCCAAACAUCCCCAUCUUACCUAACUCCAGUGCUGCUGUGGAAGUGACCCCGCCCUCCGUGACCCCGGUCUCUCCUGAAAUCACCGCUCCCCCUGCCUUCAUCCCUGCAGUCCCAGAGAGUAAAACCCCUCUUCAGAUAGAAACUCCAGCUCUGCCUGACCUUGGCCCACCCAGCACUGUCCCGACCCCCCCACCCAGGCGUGCUGCUCCUCCUGUGGCCCCCACCCCUUCCCCACCUCCUACUGAGCCUCCAGCUGAAGCUCGGCCUGAUAUAGAAGCUAUAAUCCUGGCUGCAGUGGAGAAACCCCCCACUCCAGUCGUGGACCGUUCAUCCAAUUCUCCGUCUCCCAAUGCUGAGCGUUCGGUCUCCGCCCUGUCAAUGCUGGAGAGGGCGGAAGAGUUGAGUCCAGCAAAAAGGACUCCACCGUGUGACCAGAGGAUCUUCAACCUGCUGCAGAAAGCUCGCAGGAAGACCCCCAGCACGAUAACAACCCCCACCUCAUCCUACUCCAUCACCCCUCCUCCAGAAGAGUUCCCCCCUUCUCAGAGUCCCACCCCAUCUUCACUCAAGCUCCCACCCAUCGACUACGAGGCAGGAAAACUAGUUAAUGGCUUAGACCACAGACAAUCCUCUCCGGUGAUUGAGGGCAUCACUGAGGAGGGAAUAGACCCUAUCCCUGAGCUGCUGGUGGUUCCAGUUCCUCCCCCAAAGAAGGUCCUCCCAGACCCUGAGUCUCUGGGUCCGGCUCCAGAGAAACCUGACAGGCCUCCAUCUGUGAACCUGAGUCGAUUCAUCCCCCCUCCUCCUAUGGAAGAUUACACAGGUCAUGCUGACUUCUCUGAGACGGACACCACAGACAUCCCCAAGUUCAACGACGUGACUUCAGAUGCUCACUUUCCUGAGCUGCCGGUGUCAGAGUGGGGGAACGGGGACUACACUGGUCCAAAUAGUCCAGAUGGACAGUCAACACCUGAGUUAUACACGAACAGGAUCACUUUUCCAGGGGUAGAUGACCAUGCUGCGCUGGCAUACGGAGAUAAUCCUCUUCCAGAAUCCAUCUUCCCUGUCCCCCCGGAGUCUCCUCCCCAUGCAGGGAUUCUACCAGUGGUCGGUAAUGGCAUCUAUGAGAGUACAGAAAAUGUUUAUGAGGACAUCACUGCGUCGGCCACCAGGAAGAAAAUAAAGACUGACGGAAAGAAACGCAAAGGACCACCAAAGAAUCCCUACGUUGAGGCAUCACAGGAAAAUAAUGAAGAGAAAAGCAAGACGGGCAGGUUCAGCAAGAGCGAUAAGAAAGUGGCUGCAGAGGUGCCGGAUGAGAAGGAGCUGAAAAAGAAGGAGAAGCAGCGUCUGGAGAAAGAAAAGAAGGAGCAGAAAGAGAAACAGGAGAGGGAGAAGAAAGAGCAGAAGGAGAGGGAGAAGAAGGAGAAUGAGAUCAAGAAGAAAUUCAAAGUCACAGGACAGGAGGACGCCAUGUACGAGGCUAAAGUAACCGUCACAAACAAGGGGCGCAAGAACGAUCUGCCCGUAAACAAUGGUGAUGUCAUCAGCAUCAUCCGAACGACCAAUUGCCCCAAAGGAAAAUGGCUGGCCAGAGACAGCAGCAACAACUACGGGUACGUUGCUGUAGAUCAUGUGGAGCUGGACAUUCAGGAAAUGUUGGCGCUGGGGAAGAAAGCUGCAAUCAGCCGCAAGAACAACAACAACAAUGAUGUGACCGAGCUGGACGGGACCGGAACGGGGAACAGAGCUUCAAACCAUUACCCGCUGUCAAAUGACCACUUCACAGAUGACGACAGCGAGGAGUGGACCGGUGAUGACGAUGAGCCUCUCUCUCCUCCCCACAACAUGACAGAUCCUCUGGCUUCACUAGGUCACUCCAGGGCGCUCUCCAUGCCCGACAUGGGAAACAAAGACCUGAAUGUGAACCACCAGCACAGUCGCAGUGACAUCAGUCCAGACGGCACACAAGUCCAAGCGAGACAUGAAGCCCUUCAUAAGUUGGCCACAUUUUUCCACUCGCCUAAACCUGUGGAGCCAGCUGCCAGCAGCACUGUACCAGAGACAAGUCAUGUAGAGGAGGAAGCAGCUCCUGUGCCUGAAGCUGAAGCUAACACCACAGAGGAAGUGGUCUUUGAUCCAAAUGCUUUGUUAAUUUUACCUCCUCCUGACCUUUAUGCUUAACUGACUGUGGAGAAAUUCACACAACUGAAAGGCGAGCAGAGGAAACCGUCUGAUUGUGGCGUCUUCUUCAUACUGUGACGUGUGUCAGUCACAUCAGACUGUGCCAGUAACUUCAUUUUCCUACAACUUUGACCUGUUUCACCCGCUGACUGCAGUUCUGGAUCAGUAUGAUGUGCAUAAAGGGAUUUCUGUGCAAACAGAGCUGUCUUUCUGCAGCUCUCAGAGUGAAACCAGAGAGAGACAGUUUACCUGCCGACUCUGAGUGACUUUGAAUAUUGGACCAUGUGAACUAUUGAUCUCUGGAGAGGACUCACACAUUGUUGCAGACACGAGAGCCUCUAAUCGUCCUCGAGGCUCUUGUGGAGAAAGUUUCUCACUUCCCAUGUAAAUACCAUAAAGGCAGAUUUGUUCAGAACGGGGGGAAUAGAGGGAGGAUAAAGCAGAUCUUUUAUCUGAACAGAGUAUUUGUUUGAAUCCUGAGGAAAACACAGCACACACACACAGACACUCGGAGAAUGCAUCAAUAAACAUUUUUCAGUCUGCAGUAAAAGGUCGUUAUCGAGCCUGAGGAUCAGACUUACACUUCGGUUAGAAUAAACCAGAAGUGAUCAGCUUCUGAAUAUUUACGGAGUCUGCAUACGGCUGUUUUUAGACUCCUAACUGGUGUACAUACCUGUUACCAGUUUACAGUGUUGGUAGCAAAGAAUGAAACAGUAAUAUAUCUGGUAAAUAUAGAAAACAACAUGUUAUGGUUUGAUUACAGUAGUAAUAAUAGCUCACGUGAUGGGAUCUGUUCUCAUGUAUCUCCUGCUCUCUUCACUCCUCGUCUACAUGUGCAUCUACACAACUCUGAUUUACAGUGUUUCCAACAACAUCUUCACCUCUUAUCUGAUAUUAGUCAACUUAUUGUAUUGUUGAGCUGUCUUUGUGCACAAGCAUGUUUUUCUACUUUUAUUUACUCUCCCCUUGUUGUUGGAAAUCGUUGCAGAUGUUAUUGUUAUAAGAAACUACUGAUGUGAUAGUAUUUAAAAGCUGAUCUUUUUUUUUUAAAGGGGAAUUGCUGAAUUUCUAUGUAUUUAGGGACUUUCAACAAAAAUGUACAGAAAGUUUUAAUGCUCAUAUGGAAGCCUGGAAACUGGUUGUAGUGGCUGCAAUCCAACCAUCAUUUUUCAAGAAAAUGUGCGCAAUGGUAAUGAGUCCACUAAAAGACGUUGUUUUUGUCCCUGACAGGCUCAGAUUGUUAUUCUAAGUGGGUUUCCUGCAGAGGAAGACCUUUUUGUUCAAGAGAAAGAGGAUUUUUUUUAAAGAUUUAUUUUUGGGCUUUUUAUGCCUUUAGGAGGACUGCCUCCGCACAUGGGGCGCACACUAACCACUGCGCCACCUGCACCCCAGCAGAUUAUUUUUUCACCACAAACAGCUGUUACAUCACUCUUUUCAAAGUUGCUCAGCUAGUGCUUCCUUGAUCAGUCAGUUUAUUCACGAUACGACAUGACACAGUAUUUUAUACUUUAUUUUCACCUUGGGAUAAUUUGUCCUGGACCCCAAGUGCUGCAAACAUUCAGCGCCCUCCACAGUAUAAUCAAUAAAUAAAACCAUGGAAACGAAUACACACCACAUGUAAACAGAUCCAGGUAGCAGCAGACCAACAGCUUCUGUGUCCAGUGGGGUAAAAUGACUGUUUUUGUCUUUUGAGUUUGGCUGCUUUGAAUGAAAGAAAAUGUCUGUUUCUGGUAAAAAAAUAAAAAAUAAAAAUAAUCAUCUGCGUACACAGUAACUUUUAGUGGAAGCACUUUAAUCAGUGCAUUUAUUCAGAUUGGAAACUUUGCAUCCAUUACAGCCGGUGUACUGCAGGCUGCAGGCUGAAGCAGUCUAAAAGAGUAAUUGUACCUUUAGCUCAUUUAGGUCCAAUAAUAUGUAACAAUGGAGCGCCAGAGUUAAAAAAAAAAGUGUAAUUUUCUGAUCACAUAUCAGAAUAAUAUAAUAUUGUAAACGGUGUACAAAGAAACAACAUGGAGUGUAACAUAUUGGUCAUGGCUGCACCUGCUUGGAAACAUCAUCCAUAGACUGUUUUUCUUACUUUCAUUUUUACUGAGCAGAUGUGUUCAGGUGUUACUCUAACAAGUAUUACAGAAGGAGGAAGUUGUUUGAUGAUUACUGGAGGUUUUAAAAAAAAUAUGUAAAAUACUGUAUUGCCUGAAAAAGAAAACACAAAAAAGAAUCCUCUGUGACAGGUGUGUGUGUGUGUGUGUGUGUGUGUAGAAUGUCCAAAUAGACAGAAACAUUUUCCUUUUUGUAUGUCGGUUUAUUGUUUUUCAAUAAAUACUCAUUAAAGUGCAAAUCAUAACAGCAAUAUCAUGCAGUGCAUAACAAGAGAAGUCCAAACCCCAAACAGACA